UCCUCGACAUGUGUACUUAGUUGCAGAUUCCCCUACAGUAGGACCGAGCGGAUUUUCUUUUAUCACAGCAUUUAUUUAAAAAAGUGAGGGGGAGAUCGGAGACAGGAGCACAGAAUCGGACUGCAGGAGGCUGAGCUCUUGGUCUUAUUUGCUCUUUCUAGCUUUCAGUUUCCAAGAGCCGUGAUCGGACUUCAAAAUGCAUGUUGCAGUGCUCUUUUUUGCCUUUGCGCUCACUGGGACCACUUUGGCCCUUGACAAUGGACUGAUGAGGACCCCUCCCAUGGGGUGGUUGGCAUGGGAACGAUACCGAUGUGAUAUUGACUGUGAAAACGACCCAAAGAACUGCAUCAGUGAGAAUCUGUUCAUGGACAUGGCAGACAGACUUGCAGAGGAUGGCUGGAAGGAACUCGGCUACGUCUACGUGAACAUAGAUGACUGCUGGUCUUCCAAACAAAGAGACGAUCAGGGACGGCUGCAGCCUGAUCCUAAGAGGUUUCCAGGAGGAAUCCAAAAGCUGGCACACUACUUGCAUAACAGAGGCCUAAAACUGGGCAUCUAUGGGGACAUGGGCAAACUCACAUGUGGGGGCUACCCUGGCACCCCGCUGGAUAAGAUCGAAUUAGAUGCUCAGACAUUUGCAGAGUGGGAGGUGGAUAUGUUUAAAUAUGACGGCUGUUACUCUAAUGCCACGGAGCAAGAGCAGGGUUACCCUCUCAUGUCAAAGGCUUUAAAUGCUACAGGGCGUCCCAUUGGCUAUUCCUGCAGCUGGCCUGCCUACCAGGGUGGGCUGCCACCUAAGGUAAAUUACACUCAGCUGGGUGAGAUCUGCAACCUGUGGCGUAACUAUGGUGACAUCCAGGACUCUUGGGACAGUGUACUGAACAUUGUUGACUGGUUCUUUGAAAACCAGGACGUCCUGACACCUGCAGCAGGUCCUGGAAGGUGGAACGACCCUGAUAUGCUGAUUAUUGGCGACUUUGGCCUCAGCAUGGAACAGUCUCGUUCUCAGAUGGCUCUCUGGGCGAUCAUGGCGGCUCCUCUUUUCAUGUCUAAUGACCUCCGCACCAUCUCCAGCGGUGCCCAGAGCAUCCUGCAGAACAAAAUGGCCAUCGGCAUCAACCAGGAUGCCCUGGGUAUCCAGGGAAGACGCAUUGUGAAGGAGAAAAGUGGCAUUGAAGUGUUCUGGCGCCCCCUGUCAAAAAAUGCCAGCGCUUUAUUGUUCUUCAGCCGUCGUACAGACAUGCCCUAUCGCUACACGACUUCCCUCAGCAAACUCAACUACACUGCAGGCAGCUACAAGGUUUUCAAUGUCUUCACAGAUGAGACCGCAUCGCUGAAAGACUCCACUGAAUUUGUAGUGUCAGUGAACCCCACAGGGGUGGUGAUGUGGUACGUCUCUGCACCUGCCAAAUUCAACCUCCGCCAGUUCUAUCAAGGGGGCACGCUCCAUGGCCGUGUCUAUGAUGAUCGUGAGGAAAAUGCCAUUCCACGGGUUUUCCUCUGAUCACUCACAGACCCCACUUUCUAAUCCUUAAGUUUUUGUCUUUUGCCUCAGUAGUAAUGUCUUGAUGAUCGAAUGAUUUGUUUCUAUCUAAGCACAGGUGCAGGCGCACAGCUCUGAACUGUGUUUUACAAUUGCCUCUUCCAAGUAAGAACAUGCUUGAAACUCAGGGACAUCCACUUUACAUCUGUAUAUGGCACAAAUGUGCUCUUGUUGAUGCAAUCUCCAGCUGAAUCUUCACUUGAAGGUAACUGGGCCACAAGAGUUUCUGUGCUCAACAGUAAUGAGAGCUGAUGAUUUUAAAAUUUUAUCUGAGAUGUGCCAAGGCACAGUCACUGAUCCCAGCUCGGCACUGUGACUGAGAGGUCUUCACUUGUCUUAGAUUUUCUUUUUUAAUAGAGAUCAGUCUUUGUCAGCUCGGAAACACUAAAGUGGAAAAAGGUUUUAGAAAAAACUCAUUAAUGAUUUAUAUGUUUUUAUGUGACCUAAGUAAACAAUUUAUCAUCAAAUUCUCUAAAUAAAUGAACAUAGUACAUAUAAACAUAUGCAGCAGAGUGCUUUGAUUUUUGCACUAUACAUCCAUUUAUUAGCAUAUGAGUAAUAUGGGUUCCAGCCAGCUCCUACAAGCUUUUUCAAAGGUACUAAGAUGUUUUUCACUUUUAGCUUUCACUUCCCAGUUCUUUGUCGCAAAGUGACAUGUCUUAAGGUCAGUUUAGUUCCAGUUCUGUUUUCUAUAAAAUUUAUUUUUUGUUGUUUUGGGGUUUUUUUUUUUUUUUAUAAUACAAAACCCCCCUGUCAUCAAGACACUUGUAGCUCUUGGUAUUGAAUGCACUUUCACUCUACUGUUAUCUAAAGCAGGGCUGUUGAAAUCAUUUUAUAUCCCCUUAAAACCUGAGCUAUGAAGUGAUUGCCAGAAAAUUCAAUUUUUUUGAAAAUGGAGUUUAUUG